GGCUGCUGUCACCAGAGGAACGACAGAAGAUAAUGCCACCACAAAUAGUUUCAUCAAUGAGACAUCCACCACUCCUGCAACCUCUUACACAACUGUAACAACAAGCAGCAACACAACAACAACCAGUUUUACAUCACCAUUCACUACAGAGAACUUCACAGCUUCAAUUACAACUAGAGAAAAUGACACGACAGAAUAUACAACUGCAAAACCAUCCAUCACCCACGAAGAGACGACUUUCUCCUAUUCAAGCACCGACUCCUGGAUUACUACAGAAACAGUCAACAGCACCGUAACUGACUUCACUGGCAGCUCAACCGAAAAUCCAUCAGUUCCACCCACUGCUGCAACACCGUCCACCAUAAACCCAGAGACAAGCCACCCCACCAACGACAUGACAGGCCACACUACACAAAUCACCACUUUGACUCAUUCAACUGAACCAGCUACUGGCAAUGGAACCAUCCCUGUGACCACCCUGAGGCCAACAGAGAUGACCACUCACAACUCCACCACAACAGCCCCACCCAUCCCGAGUCCAGUCACUGUGUGUCCUUUCGUCCCGUGCCCAUCUGAAAGCAUCUGUCUCAAUGGCACGUGUCAGUGUAUCUCUGGUAGCUUCCUGCAGAAUGGUGCCUGUACAACCGCCCAAGUGUUCCCAGGUGAUCUUCAUUUGACGUCCUUGACAUUUCAACCUGAAAUGAGCAACAGGUCCUCGGCGAUAUUCCAGAGGACGGCGGCUGACAUCUCAUCAGCGCUCAGAGAUGCCCUCAAAAAUCAGCCAGGGUAUAUACAAACUGAUGUUGUGCAACUUCAACCAGGAAGUGUACAAGCAACUGUGAAUAACAUCUUUAAAAACACCAACGCCACUCAAGAGUCUGUUGAUCGAGCCAUUGGUGAUGCUAUAGCCAACUCAGCGGCCUCUAAUGGAUUUUUGAUUAAUGCUACAUUUAAAGGUAAUAACCUGUGUGAGCAGGAGCCGUUACCUUGUGAUGUCUCCACUGCAGUGUGCAAAAUUACAGAUGGCAAGCCUGUUUGUUCCUGCAAAGAUGGCUACAUCACCAACAUAUACUCAGAGAAAAUCUGCAGAGCUUGUCCAGGUGGGCAGAGGUCGGUGGGAGACACGUGCCAACCUUGUGCAUUUGGAUACAGUGGCUUCAAUUGCAAUGACUCAUCUCUGCUGGCAGUGGUGGUCAUCUCCUGUGUGCUGGGAGGAGUUCUUCUCAUCCUGAUCCUGGCUUUGCUAAUAUACUGCUGCUGGAGGAGAUCCUCAAAGAGCAAGCCAGACGACAGCAGCAGUCCGUACUCAUCAGGUGACUUAAACCAGCCCUGGCCCACAGGCAUCACCCCCAUCCCUCGUGCCACCACUAACUGGGAAUCAGCUCCUUCCAUGGAGAUGACAGAGGGGGGCAGCACUCGAACCUUGGUGGACAAAAAGCAUCAAAGCAACGGAUUGGGGUUUCAACCGAAGCAGAGAGGAUGGAAAAAGUCCGGAUCGUACGAUCUCGAUCCAGAUGCAAUGAAGACCUUCAAAGGUAAAAAUCCGUCCCGUUACUCCUACCUGGUUCAAGGCCAUGAGAACCCCUACUUCUUACCAGGGGAUGAGAAGAAAAACUGACAUCUGGCCAUCUGGGGGUGAAAUCCAUGCAGUGAGAGUGAGUGAGAAACGAUGGAUCAAAAAGAAGUCACUGAUUGGAAACUCAACCAGGACCAGGUUAUUUAUACUUUUUUGAACUUGCUUGGAUUCACGGCAAAUCACAAAGAACAUUCCUUAACUGGGAAGCAGCCACCAAAGAGAUUCAUUCAUGAGCAGGAACAUUUUUUUUAAAGUGAGAUUGUGCAUCAUGUCUGUUCUUGCUGAUUAUAACCAGUAGAUGUCACUGUUGCUCAAUAUAAUCUACAUAAAUGUCCUUCUGUUUUUUUUCAAAAGUACAUUUGACUUUUUUAUGCUUUAAAGAAAUCAUUUUGCAGUCUUUUAAAAUGAAGCUUCUUAUAUUGCUAAUUGCACUAAGUGUGUGUUACGUUUACCACCAGUUUCUUCUGAAAUCAACAGUAAAUUGAAUGUGGGCUUUCUGGGGCUACUAGAUUUUUUUUUUUCAGGAUAUGAUUAUUUUUAAGACGAUAAAUCUUGAAUGACUAAAGGGGCUGGAUCCCUGGUUCGGGGUAUUUUUUAAAGGGAUUUAUAUUGUAGCUGUCUGAAGCUGAGUACUUUCUGUAUUAUUUGAAGCUGUACUUGCAAAAUGUGCCUGUUAUUAUGGUCUGAUGACAAAUAGGAAACAUUAUGCAAAGCUGGUGAUAAAGCCUGCCUCCUGGAUGUGCCAAUUAUCACUUGUAUACAUUUCUUCUAAGAACAUAUAUAUAUAUAUAUUUAUCCUCGUGUGUCAGAAACUGUGCACUAUUUUAUAAGUGUGUAAAGUUUUUGUAAAUAAUUUUGGCAGAGAAUGUUUG